CGCAAAGUUUGGGUGAAGAAAGAACUGUGUUAGGACUUUUAUCACUUCUUAAAAAAAUGCCGGUGGGUGAGAGAAACAGCCACAGCAAGAGAAACGACAGGAGGACUCGGAAGGGAAAGACGGAGGAGAGAGAGAGAGCGAGAGGAAGGGACGCAUAAUGAGAGAAGAAGAAACUCAUUCCAGCUGUGUAGAGCCGUGAGAACUUCUUCACAUUGAAGAAUUUUCCACUACACGCCACGGGAACAAACAUUAACUUCGGACAUUCUUCUGUCAGUAUUAGCUGUUUAUUUGUUGAUCAAACGAAACAUCUAGUUGUACAUGUUGAUGGGACAGAAAUAGCACCAAAGUUCAUUGGACAAGGAGCUUUUUGUUGAGUUUAUUUGCUCUGUUUUGUGAUCAGAAGCCUCUCAGCUUGUCAUUUGAAGACAAACAUGAGCACAGACAACACGACUCUGCUGGACAGCUUGUUCUUCCCCCCUCUCUGCGAUGGAUGGACCAACAACACAGAGGGAGCCAUCUACCAUUUGGGAAACACCAUGCUGUUCCUGGCCUACAUGGGGGGCAGCGGGGCCUACGGGUGCCUCUUUAUCUUCGGUUUCCUGACUCCCGCCUACGUGUGCUUGACCCUUUGGGGCUGGAUGACCAUGUGCGGCCUGGACGUCUUCACCUGGAACCUGCUUCUGCUGCUGGCCUGCUUGACUCAGAUCUGCCACCUGCUUUACCGGCUGCACCAGGAGGGCAUACGCAGUGAGGAGCUGACCUCCCUCUACCAGGCGGUGUACCUGCCGCUGGGUGUGCCCGUCCAGGUGUUCAAGGAGAUCGCAGGCGCCUUUGAGAAUAAGGUGGUGGAGCUGAAAGCAGGAGAGACGUACGCUGUGGAGGGCAAGACGCCCAUCGACCAGCUCUCCUUUCUGCUGUCCGGGAGGAUCAAUGUAUCUCUGGAGGGUCAGUUCCUGCAUUACAUCCAUCGCCACCAGUUCCUCGACUCUCCAGAGUGGGAGUCUCUCAGACCAACAGAGGAGGGAAAGUUUCAGGUGACCAUGACAGCAGAAGAAGACUCCCGCUACAUCUUCUGGCGUCGCCGGCGCCUGUACUUGGUGAUGUCAAAGCAUCGCUACAUCGCCCGUGUCUUCUCCGUCAUGCUGGGCUACGACAUCGCCGAGAAGCUCUACAACCUCAAUGACAAGCUCUACAUUAAGAGUGGUGUGCUGCUGGACAUCCGCCUGCCCAGCCUCUACCACGUGCUGGCCCCCUCCUCACAGAGCAGCGACGGCGGCAGCAGCAGUGAUGUCAAGAACCAGCAGCAGGGCGACGACCCGGCGCCGACCUACCAGAUGUCCAAUCCAGCCGAGUUUCACCCAUCCUGCAGGGACCAAGAUACACCAGCCUGGAUGAACCCCAGGCGGCCCAGCACGACCGUUAUCAGCACCCCUGGGCGUCAGACCCCGAGCUGCCCACUGGUGAGGACUUCCACCAGCCUGGUCCUGGAGGACUUUGCUGAUGUGGCGGGCUCCUUAACGGAUUAUGGCAGUGAGAGGGAUUAUUUGAGGUAGAGGGGCAGGGCGCUGGAGCUAACACACUGGGUCACCACUUAAGCUACAUGAGGUGAUAGUGACGGGGAUCUACCGCCUCGAUUCCAGAGGGGCAGAGCGCCGCUGGCUCCCACCGACACUCCCAAACUGUGAGAAGAGUCUCUCCUGGAAACACUUUAUUAUCUACAGUAUAGCAGUAUGAAUGUGUCACACCGUGUCCUCCUCACUCUGUUCUCACCUCAGUUACAGCUAAUACUGCUGAUAUUAAUCAACAUAAUACCUUAAAUUAAUUUAAUGCCAACAAAUUGCGAGUGUUUUGUGUUUUUUUGGCCAACAAAUCUGCCUUAUUUUUGAAAGACCGGGGGACCCAGCACAUGUUUUCAAUUUAAUUGAAACUUCUUGAUAUUUUAGCAUUUACAUGAACAUGGCAUUUACAAAAUCUACAAUUUGAACCAACGAAAUUGCUCCAAGAAUAUAAUGUUUUUGUGUUUCUGUAGCUGCUAGAGAGAAACAUUUGUCCAAUUUAAGGAGGACAGAUGAAUACAUCUGAAUGAAAUCCUAAACACACCAUCAUCUGGAGCUGAGGACAGAGGGACACCCUUCACUUUACCAGCACGUUAAAUGUCUGAAAUGUUAUUUUAUGUAAUAAAAAGUAGAUUCUGUGAUACUGACACGGAUGAAUUUAAGUUUUCAUCUCACUUUGAUGUUAAAACAAUGAUUGUUGAUGAAUUUGACUUCAUGCAAUUCAAUGUUAUAUUUUAAAUAAACGUUUUUCUCCUA